UAUAGAGGCUAGUAACCCUGCCAAGUUUGAUGCUUUUAUCAAAAAACGAACAAUUUUGUCCCUUAACAGCUGGACUAUAAAGGCAGUUUCCAGCUGAAACUGGAGUUGUUCGGCUCGUAUUAAUUGAUGACUCUUUUCUUCCACAGGGCCGAAAUAAUGAAGAUCUGAAUUAAUCUUUUUAAUAACCACACUGAGAUUAAUUUGUCAUUAUAAGGCACCAGAAAUGGCGCUUCAGCCGUUUACAAACGAACAGUUGAACUAUUUCAAGUUUGCUUUCGUCGUCCUCAAUGAAUUUCCAAGAGCAUUACGUCAAACGUUCAAAGCGAUGUGGGACAACACCUUUGGACAUCUCCCUGGUUUGCAACCCUGGGAUGACUCCAUUGCCGUGAGGAAUAUGUUCCUCGCCACAGAAGGUGGAACAACCAAAGUUCCUACGCACCUCUCUUAUGACGAAUGGGAUUGUACCGCGUUAUUCCAGGCCACAAUCUUCGCACGUUCUUUUGCUUUACCCGACAGCGCUGGACAUCACAAAACACUCAGUAAUCUGUUCGUAAGGCCCCGUGGAUUACCUCAUGGAAGUUUUCAUGCUUCUGUAAUAAGCCCGGGUGGAAACAAUGCUGAAACUUUCGCGUUGGCGAUCGAUCAACUAAGACUUCUUAGAAACGCGUUUUGCCACUCUUCCAGUUCCAAGAUGGGCAAACCAACAUUUGACCAAUACAUACAGCAUACUAAAGACGCGUUCGGAGCCCUUAUUGUGUCGACAGGCUCUGUUGACGCCGUUGGAAGUUUGACUGAAGCAGACUUCCCUACACAAAGAGUUCGCGCUUUGGAGGAUGAGAUCAGAAAAGAGCUCCAGGCAGAAAGUGCUUUUCUCAAAGAAGACGUGAAGGAUGAGUUAGUGGGAAUUAGGUCUGACAUUAUGCAAUUGAAUCAGGAACGUAAAGAAGAUGUAACACGUGCAGGACGAGAAAGAAAAGAGGAGGUUAAGGAGCUACAGAACCAGUUGAUGGAACACAUCAGAAAAGAACACCAGGGACAGAGAACAUCUCUCAAGGAAGAUGUGAAAGAUGAACUGACGAGGAUAGGGUCUGAUAUCGCGCAAUCGAGCCAGGAACUUAAAAGAGAUGUAACACGGGCAGGACGAGAAAGAAAAGAGGAGAUUCAGGAACUGCAUUACCAGCUGAAGGAAGACAUCAGAAAGGAGCGUCAGGCUGAGAGUGCACUUCUCCAGGAAGGCUUGAGACAAGAGUUACAGAGCAUAAGGUCUGAUAUCGCACAAUCGAACCAGGAACGUAAAGAAGAUGUAACACAAGCAACGAGAGAGAGAAAAGAGGGCAUUCAAGACCUAAAGAACAAGUUGGAGUUAAAUACAAAGCAGUGGAAAGAAGAAACGUUGGCGUCUUCAGUGAAGAGGACUUCCACAGCUGAUCGAGAAAUCAAUGACAAUGUUGCCGAGUUGAAGCGAAAGUUUGAUGAAGUGCUCAAGGAUAGGAGAUUACCAGAAUCGAAACCCCUUCUUGGAAGAUCGUGCCUUCCUUCCAAGGUGCCCAACUUCGCUGGACGUGAGAAGGAAUGUGACGAGAUAAUUGGUCACGUGACUUCAGCUUCUACUCGACUAGUGUCAGUGUGGGGCUCACCGGGAUUCGGAAAAACGUCCGUUGCAAUCGCAGUGGGACAUGAUCUCCAAGCACAAGGCCUGCCGGUAUACUUCCUGUCAUUGCGUGGGCUGAACUCUAAAGGCGAUCUAACAUCAAAAUUUCUUGGCUUGCUACGCCGGUCUACGACGCUUAAAGAUGAUCAUCAAGCACUAGCACAGAGUUUAUCAGCGGAUGAUGAACUUUGCUCAAUAUUUGAUGAGAUGUCUGAUCGCUGCUUUUUCAUUCUUGAUAAUGCCGAUGAUUUACUUGAAAGUAGCGAACCAAACGUGAAGGAGGAGGUCAUUAAUCUACUUGAAGAAAUUCUGAAUCGCAGCGACAAAGUGACUUUCCUUCUUACCACAAGGGAAUCUUUGAGGUUCUUGGAUUUCCGUUUGCAGGGACACCAGGCUGUAAGAAUAAGGGAACUAGAUGAGUCAUCUUCUCAACACCUGGUUCAAAAGUUGCUUCCAGAAGCCAGUGGCUCUGACUGUGUAAAAGUUUCGCACAUCUGCGGGAACGUGCCCCUAGCAAUGAAGCUGUUGUGUUCCUCUGUUACUGAAGACGGUUCUCAACCUGGCCCUUUUGUUGACGAGUUCAUGGAGACGGCCACAGCGGACAACAUUGUGGAAAUGUUAGACAACCCAGAUUACCCCAGCGAUCUGAGAAUGAAGUCACUUUUCGACGCUUCUUUCCAAAGACUCACUACUCAAGAUAAGGAAGCUCUAGUAUCCUUGUGUAUUCUAUCCGAACAGUUUGAUCUGGAGAUCGCCGCAACUGUUCUGGGAAUAAGAUGAACCGAAGCUUCAAAGGCGCUGCAAAGACUUCAGCGGAAAUCUCUCAUAGAUUCCAGUUCAAACUCUGGAAAAUUUACCUUUCACAAGCUUCUUCAU